AAGGCGGAAACGUUUUACUCAUCCGCCCAGGCGCCGAGCUCUAUCCAAAAACGGCGGGCACCUCCCUCCUCCCGCUCCGCGUCCUCCCCAAAUCACACCACCGCCACUCGCGGUCUCCUCCUCCUCCUCCUGGCUCCUGAUGCUUCGCCUCUGCGCCACCGUCCUCAACCCCCCUCUCCUCUCCCCACUCGCCUCCACCGUUCACCACCUCCGCACGCGCCGCCUCCUCCGCGUCCGCGCCCUCGCCGCGGCGUCAUCGCCCUCCGCCCGCAGCCUCCGCCUCCUCGAGUGGGGCAAGGUCUGCGACGCCGUCGCCUCCUUCGCAGGCACCUCUCACGGCCGCGACGCCACCAAGAAGCAGCUUUUGGGGGUGGAGGACGUGAGCUAUGAGCAGAGCCGGAGGCUGCUCCAGGAGACCGAGGCGGCGGUGUGGCUGCUUGACAACGCCGGUGGAGCGAUGGAUUUCUCGGGGUUGGAUACCGUCGUGAUAGAGUCAGCAAUACAUUGUGUCUCUGGAGGUGCCGUGAUAAAAGGUCUGGAAGCAAUGGCAGUUGCUAGCUUGAUGCUGUUUGUUGAAUCCUUGCAAAUAAGUAUUAAAGCUACCAUGAAGCAGGAUGAAAACUCACAUAGUCGACUAAUGCCUCUUACUGAAACAAUUUUAGAUGCUGUCAUUAACAAGGCACUAGUGAAGUCCAUACAAGAUAUCAUUGAUGAUGACGGCUCUGUAAAAGAUACUGCAAGUCCUGAACUAAGACGGUAUCGAGAACAAGUUCAGCUCCUAGAGAACAAGUUAUACCAGCUUAUGGACAAGUUGAUGCGCAAUGCUGAGAAUGAAGCUUCUUUGUCGGAAGUAUGCAUUGUAAAUGGAAGAUGCUGCAUUAGAACAACCGAAGAUAAGUCUUCGAUUUUUGACGGACUACUGCUCUCCAGUGGGUCAGAUGCUGGGAGCAUGGUAGAACCAAUUGCUGCUGUUCCGUUGAAUGAUGAGUUGCAGGAAGCAAGAGCACUAGUGGCUAAAGCUGAACUGGAUGUCUUAUCAAAAUUGACUGACAAGAUUCUUCUCGAGCUUGAUAGUAUUCAGAGUUUGCUGCAGGAAACAGUUAAACUUGAUAAGGUCACAGCUCGUGCAAAAUAUAGCAUAGCACAUGAUGGUACAUUUCCUGACCUGUAUUUGCCAAACUGUGAGAAUGAAACUGUCACUAGUGCUACAGGUGGGUCUGUCAAUACAACUUCCUCAGCUCACCUCCCUAAGAAGUCAUGGAAACUGUACAUGGCAAAUGCAUACCAUCCACUACUGCUCCAGCACCACCAGGAAAAUCUCCAUUGUGCCAAAAGGGAUGUUGCAAGUGCCGCAGCAGAGAUCCGAAGGAGGAGGAUUUAUGGACAAGAUAUUGCAGAAGAAGAUCAAUUGGCAUCACACCUCGAUUCGAUGAAACUUAGGGUUUCCCAGCUGGAGAAAGACCAUCCAGUACCAGUAGAUUUUAUGAUUUCUGAAGAAACUACUGUCUUGGUCAUAACUGGCCCAAAUACAGGUGGUAAAACAAUCAGCUUGAAGACGGUUGGCCUGGCAUCUUUGAUGGCCAAGAUAGGUCUAUACAUUCUAGCUUCUGAACCAGUAAAAAUCCCAUGGUUCAAUGCUGUUUAUGCUGACAUUGGAGAUGAGCAAUCAUUGACCCAGUCACUCUCUACAUUUUCUGGGCAUCUGAAGCAGAUUGGGGCCAUUCGUGCAAAAUCAACUUCUCAGUCCUUGGUCCUGUUGGAUGAGGUAGGUGCUGGGACAAACCCACUCGAAGGAGCUGCUUUGGGAAUGUCUCUUUUGGAAUCUUUUGCUGAAGCUGGCUCCUUUUUGACUCUAGCAACAACUCAUCAUGGAGAACUUAAAACACUAAAAUACAGCAAUGAUUCAUUUGAGAAUGCGUGCGUGGAAUUUGAUGAAGAAAAUCUAAAGCCCACAUUCAAGAUACUUUGGGGGAUACCAGGCCGCUCAAAUGCAGUCAAUAUUGCUGAAAGGCUAGGUUUGCCCUUGGAUAUAAUAGACAGCUCAAGGCGUUUACUUGGGACAGCUGGUGCAGAGAUAAAUGCGUUGAUAAUGGACAUGGAAAGGUUCAAACAAAAAUAUCAACAACAUCUUCAGGAGGCACAACAUCUUCUCAUGCAGUCCAAGGAGCUUCAUAAUAACUUGGAACUGGCACAAAAGAACAUUGUAGACCACACUUCUGCUCAGAGAAAAAGAAAGGCAAGAGUAGUUUCAGAGUAUGCUGUUAUGGCCCGUUCUAUCAUUCGUAAGAAGUUUCAGCAGUUCCAGGAAUCUGCAAUAGCAGAAAGAGCGAAAGAAGAAGAGGCUGCGAAGAAUGCCAAAUCUGAGAGAGUGAAGGAUCCAGUGCCUGCAAGUACUUCUGUCAUCGGAAAGACACAGAAUACAGAUACCAUCUUGGACGCAGCAGCCAAUGAUGAAGAAGAUGGGACCCCAGAAGUUGGAGAUUUAGUUUAUGUUCCCAAGCUCAAGAACCAAGCUACUGUAGUCAAAUUUGAUUCGUCUAAAAAUGAAGUGCAAGUCCAAGCCGGUAUGAUGAAGCUCAAACUAAAGCUGAAAGAUGUUAAGAUUCAGAAGCGGAGAGUAUCCAGAUAGAAAAAUUGAGCUACGCAGCUUUGGAAGAGGUUCAGAUAAGUACGUGAAUGCUGUUUCAUUCCAUACAAAGCAUUUCAUCUGCUGCAUGCCUGCAUCCGCAUUCUCACUAAUCAUAUGAUCAUGCAAGUGCAACUGUAGAUUCAUCGCCUGCAUGUAGUUUUAGUUAUUAACAAAAGCUUCAAAGCCGCUGCACAGAAGCUUCCAAUUAAUGAUUAUCACUUGUAAAAACAAUUUCCUAUAAUUUAUCAUUAAGCUGUAAGUUUAGGAGUAUUACAUUCACUGUACGAAACUGAAAUGCUCUGGCAUUAGUUGGGGCAUGGAAAUGGCCACAUUGUAGAGACGACGUUUCUGAGCAGCAUGUGGAAUUUGAUACCAUAUGGUCCAAUCAUUUACAAAAAGAACUUUUAGUAAAGUUUACUCAUUUGUAGAA